AAUUUUUGCGCUACUUACUAGUUUGGUUGGUAUUCGCGGCUUUAGUCAGUAGCUAACGUCAAAGGGUAUGGCAUAAACAGGUCAACUUCGUUUUAAAUAAUCAAAUCAGUUCAGCAAGUAUCUGUUUGUCUUAAUCCAACUGCUCAUUGAAGAAUAUGUAUGCCUAUUGACUGUAAUGAAAAGUGUUAUUCUACACAUGACCGAAAAAAACAAUUUCAUGAAUACAAUCAAGUGAUUAACAAGUUUCCUGUUAAAAAAAUAACAUUUAUAUUUUCAUAGAAUUGUUUAGAUAAUUUAAGGGGGGAAAGAUUGAAUAUAUUUAUAUAUAUAUAGUAUUAAAACAAUGUCUUGUCGACCUCAAUUAAUUGGUCGAUCCAGUACUACUACUAUGGGACAAUUGAAGUCGGAAGAAUUAUUCACAGCGGAAUGCAAAUAUCAUUCGUGUCAAGGAAAAUUAACAAUUCCAAAUAUUUGUCAAGAUUUGAAAUUUUCAACGGAAGAUCUGAUAGAUGAAGGAGAAAUUGGUCGUGGUGCAUAUGGAUUCGUUAAUCGUAUGAUGCAUGAACCUACGAAAACAGUCAUAGCAGUUAAACGUAUACGUUCAACAUUAAAUGAACGUGAACAAAAAUCCACAUUGAAAGAUUUAGACAUUGUAAUGAAUUCAGUGAAUUGUUCAAAUAUUGUUUUAUUUUAUGGUGCAUUAUUCACUGAAGGUGAUUGUUGGAUAUGUAUGGAAUUAAUGUCAACAUCAUUAGAUAAAUUUUAUAAAUUUGUUUAUCAUUAUUUACAAACAAGAAUACCAGAAAAUAUUAUUGGCAAAAUUACUAUAGCUACUGUUUCAGCUUUGGAUUAUUUGAAAACAGCGCUUAAAGUUAUUCACAGAGGUAAGUAA